AACAAGAAGACACUCUGUGUCACCCUGACUUCGACAGAGGAUCUGUACAGAAACCAAGAUCUCUAAUUACAGAAACCUGACAGCAACAACAGUGAUUGUGAAGAGCUUUUACUGGGACCACAGAGAAAGACUUUGGGGUUAGACUAUUUAGCAUGGCUGGAGCCUGUAGUUGGUGUUAUGCCAGGAUACUUAAUAGAGUUAAUUAAGAACUGGAAGCAACUUUGGUGCAGAUGAAGUAGAUACAUUAGAAGAGAUUUUUUUUUCUGUCAAAACUCUUGAAGGUGGCUUGCCCACUUAUCAGUUGAGUUUGUUUGCUUCAUCAGAAAUGAUUUUUACCAUCUCAAGAAAAAAUAUGUCCCAGAAAUUGAGUUUACUGUUGCUUGUCUUUGGACUCAUUUGGGGAUUGAUGUUACUGCACUAUACUUUUCAACAGCCAAGACAUCAAAGCAGUGUCAAGUUACGUGAACAAAUACUAGAUUUAAGCAAAAGAUAUGUUAAAGCUCUAGCAGAGGAAAAUAAGAAUACUGUGGAUAUUGAGAAUGGUGCUUCUUUGGCAGGAUAUGCGGAUUUAAAAAGAACAAUUGCUGUUCUUUUGGAUGACAUUUUACAACGCUUGGUAAAACUGGAGAGCAAAGUCGACUAUAUUGUUGUGAAUGGUUCAGCAACCAAUACUACCAAUGGUACCAGUGGGAAUCUGGUGCCAGUAACCACGAAUAAAAGGACAAAUGCUUCUGGCAGUGUUAGAUAGCAGUGGAGAUCACCUGCUUGAGCACUCACUGUGGAGAACGUCCUCUGGCAGAGAAACGGAAUCGCUGACUAGAAUCAAGUAAUAAUUUACAAUUAAAACUGCACAUUUUAAGGAGUAUGCUGGACUCUUAGAACCUUAAUGCUGUAUAUAUAAAAACAUCAGGUUUACUCUUUUGCUUUCAAGCAAGUCUCUUCAAUGCUGUACUUUAGAUCCUUAGAGAGAAUUUGAUAACACACUUGAUAUAGUAAGUAGGUGGGUGAUCUUUGUAGAAAUCUUGUGUUUGGGAUCAAGCUGAAGUGAAAACAUGGUAAGACAUGGAUUCAUUUCUAUUAAAUAUUUAUUUAAAUACAUACCAUUGGUUUUUUUUCCAGAAUUAUUGAAUUAUUCUGUUAUUUGUUUUUCAUGUAGCAUUAGGCUAAUAGCAUUAUAAAAUGUGUUUACUUUCAAUACUAUAUUUUGUUACUUACAUUAUGAGCAGAAAAAGGAAGUUUGUUAAGAAUAAUGUUUUGAAAUCAUGACCCAAAGAAUGUCUCUUCAUUUGCACUAUCCUUCAGAAAGAAGGUUAACUAUUGUAUAGAAAAAUAAAUCUAAUGUUUGUAAGGGUAUAAUCUUGAAAUGGGUAGUAGCCACUGUCUGUAACUUAUUCUAAACAUUGUGACAAUUAAAUAACAUUGGAAUAGUAAUCACAAAUCUCACAUGUAAUGUUUUCUUAUAUAUAUAUUCUGGAGAAUAAAAGAUAUUUUUAUGGUGAGAUUAAAAA